GAAAGUUUGUAGUCUACAUGUUAUGUCUCAGUUCAAAUUUCAUUUUCUUGUACUAGAAAUUACUUGUAAAAUAAAACCACGAUGUCCAGGGGGUCGAGCGCGGGUUUCGAUCGACACAUAACCAUCUUCUCCCCAGAGGGUAGACUCUACCAAGUAGAAUAUGCAUUCAAGGCUAUAAACCAAGGUGGCCUCACCUCGGUAGCUGUCCGGGGCAAAGACUGUGCAGUCGUCGUCACACAGAAAAAAGUACCGGAUAAGUUACUGGAUGCUUCCACUGUAACUCACCUGUUCAGAAUAACAGAAAAUAUUGGGUGUGUGAUGUCUGGGAUGACAGCUGACAGCAGGUCCCAGGUGCAGAGAGCGCGCUAUGAGGCUGCUAACUGGAUGUAUAAGUAUGGAUAUGAAAUCCCAGUGGACAUGCUCUGUAAGAGAAUUGCUGACAUAUCUCAGGUAUACACACAGAACGCUGAGAUGAGACCUCUCGGCUGUUGUAUGAUACUGAUAGGCAUAGAUGAAGAGUAUGGUCCUCAGGUAUACAAAUGUGACCCAGCUGGCUACUACUGUGGCUUCAAGGCCACCGCUGCGGGGGUUAAGCAGACAGAGGCCACCAGCUUCCUGGAGAAAAAGGUGAAGAAGAAACUAGACUGGACCUUUGAACAAAUAGUAGAGACAGCAAUAGCAUGUCUGACCACGGUGCUCUCCAUUGACUUCAAGCCCUCAGAGCUGGAGAUUGGCGUCAUCACAACAGUGGAGCCCAAGUUCAGGAUUCUUUCAGAGGCAGAGAUUGAUGCUCACUUGGUGUCUCUGGCAGAGAGGGACUGAGCUGACCAGUGGUGUUGGCGCAGUUUCAGACCAGAGAGGCGUCCCCCAAAAGCACUACUUCAGAUAUUAGAAUGCAAGUCAAGAAUCAAGUGACAGUUGUUUGUUGUUUAUUUGCCAUGUUCCAUUA